AUGAAGACGGAGAUGAAGAAGACGGCUCAGAUCUAUAUCCUUCUCCUUUGUCUAUUUGCCUUCUUCUUCUUCAUAGGCCACUCUCACUCUCACUCACUCACUUCCAAUGGUGAUCUCUCCGACAAGGAAGUCCGACUCAUCCGACAGCGGCAGCUCCUCUACUACCGCGACGACUUCGGCGACCGCGGAGAGAAUGUCGUCGUCGAUCCAUCUCUGGUUUUCGAGAAUCCUCGACUACGAAAUGCUUACGUAGCUCUCCAAGCUUGGAAACAAGCCAUUCUCUCUGAUCCCAACAAUUUCACCACCAACUGGAACGGCUCUAACGUCUGCAGCUACACCGGAGUUUACUGUGCUCCCGCGCCGGAUAAUCCUCGGAUCCGUACCGUCGCCGGUAUAGAUCUCAAUCACGCUGACAUUGCUGGUUAUUUGCCUCAAGAGCUUGGUUUGUUAACGGAUCUCGCUUUGUUCCAUGUUAAUUCGAACCGGUUUUGUGGAACCGUACCGCAUCGGUUUAACCGGCUUAAGCUUCUAUUCGAGCUUGAUCUCAGCAAUAACCGGUUCGCCGGAAUAUUCCCUGCCGUUGUACUCCAGCUGCCGUCGUUGAAGUUUCUGGAUCUGCGGUUUAACGAGUUCGAAGGAGCUGUACCUCGAGAGCUCUUCAGCAAAGAUCUGGACGCGAUUUUCAUCAACCAUAACCGGUUCCGGUUUGAGUUACCGGAUAAUUUGGGUGAUUCGCCGGUUUCCGUCAUCGUUGUGGCGGACAACCAGUUCCACGGCUGCAUUCCGACGAGUUUAGGCGAUAUGAGGAACUUGGAAGAGAUCAUCUUCAUGAACAAUGGGUUUGAUUCGUGUUUGCCGUCGGAGAUUGGCCGGUUGAAAAACGUAACCGUGUUUGAUUUCAGUUUUAACGAACUUGUGGGGUCGUUACCAGCGAGCACUGGCGGGAUGGUUUCGUUGGAGCAGUUGAAUGUGGCGCAUAAUAGAUUCUCCGGCCAGAUUCCUGCAAGUAUUUGUCAGUUGCCGAGGCUGGAGAACUUCACUUUCAGCUACAAUUUCUUCACCGGAGAGCCGCCGGUAUGUCUCGGUUUGCCUGGGUUUGAUGAUCGGCGUAAUUGUUUGCCGGGGAGACCUGCGCAGAGAUCUCCGGGGCAAUGUGCAGCUUUCUUAUCUCUGCCGCCGGUUAAUUGUGGUUCGUUUGGAUGUGGCCGUUCUGUUUCUCCUCGGCCUCCGAUUGUUGUUCCGUCACCGCCGAGAACGCCAUCUCCUGGUGGUUCUCCUCCUUCACCGUCGAUUUCUCCUAGUCCUCCGAUUGUGGUGCCUCCAUCUCCCGGUGGUUCUCCUCCUUCACCGUCGAUUAUUCCUGGUCCUCCGAUUGUAGUGCCUCCAUCUCCCGGUGGUUCUCCUUCACCGUCGAUUACUCCUAGUCCUCCGAUCGUGGGGCCUCCAUCUCCAAUCUCUCCAAUUCCUGGUCCUGUUUCGCCAUCUAGUCCUCCGAUCAUUGUCCGGUCUCCUCCGUCAACUCCACCAUCACCGGGUUCUCAUUCACCGCCUGCUUUCCCUAGUCCACCCUCACCACAUCAUGGUCCUCCUUCACCCUCUGUUCCUCCAGGUGUAGUCCCGUUAACUCCUCCACCUCCAGUUUACUCUCCUCCGACUCCACCUUCCAUACACUCUCCUCCGACUUCGCCGCCUACUGGGUACUCUCCUCCAUCUCCGCCAUCCACAGGUUACACUCCUCCAUCUCCGCCGGGUACAGGUUACACUCCUCCAUCUCCGCCGGGUACAGGUUACACUCCUCCAUCUCCGCCGGCUACAGGACACACUCCUCCAUCACCACCGCCGGCUACAGGACACACUCCUCCAUCUCCACCGCCGUCUACAGGAUACACUCCUCCAUCUCCACCGCCGUCUACAGGUUACACUCCUCCAUCUCCGCCGGCCACAGGUUACACUCCUCCAUCACCACCGCCGCCAUCACAUUCUCCUUCACCAUCACCGCCACAUCCAUCACAACCACCUGGUCCACCUCAAACUCCAGUUUACUGCGCUCACCCGCCUCCUCCCCCACCGCCUCACUUGCCGUCACCGCCUCAAUUUUCACCCCCACCCUACUACUACAGCUCACCACCACCACCGCAUUACUCAUUACCUCCACCACCACCGCAUUACUCAUUACCUCCACCACCACACUCACCACCGCAACACUCACGUUCACCUCCGGUUUAUUACUAUCUAUCCCCACCACCUCCACCAACACCAGUUUAUACUCCUCCACCGUGCAUACAAUACUCACCUCCUCCGCCUCCGACCGUCCACCACAGUCCUCCGCCAUCACAACCGGUUUACUAUAAUUCACCUCCACCUCCUCCGCCCGUUCACUAUAAUCCACCGCCAUCAUCACCACCUCCUCCGGUAAUUCACCACAACCCACCACCGCCAUCUCCAAAAUACGAGGGACCAUUACCGCCGAUUCCCGGAAUUUCAUACGCUUCACCUCCUCCGCCUCCCUUCUAUUGA